AUGAUAGCGAAUUUUGACGAAGAAGAGCGGACCGACGCGGCGAAAUGUAAGUUGCCUCAUUUUGCUAGCAUAUUUACGUAAUUUCAGGCCUAAUCUUUCCUACUUGGCCAACUGCGGACUCCAUAUCUGAACUUGUUUUACACCUUUCAGGCCCACUUGAUGUUCGACUUCAACAGUACGUGAUCGCUACAGCGAUGAAUUCGGACGACUUUGUAAGUUAGAAUUUUUUGUUUUUAACAUUUUAGAUAUAAAUGCGACAAGAAGAAUUUGGUCUCCAUGGAUAAAGCCCUCGUGAUAGUUGAUGAAGCUGGAUCCAGCAAUGACAGAGAUAUUCACCACUUGUUGAAUGGAAAGUAAGUAACAGUUUCAUAGACUUUUGAGGGAGAAGAAAGGGAUUUUUGAGGCGUUUUUGGGCUUUUCAGCGGAUUGGACCUAAAGUAAUAUUAUUUUUUGAGUUUGUGCAGUUUUUUGUGAGUGAUGAAAUACCUAGGAGACGGAGAAAGAAAGUAUGAAUAGUGAUUUAGUUGAUAUUUUUGAAAUUUUUUGCAGGCCUACGUCAAAAUCGAGAUUUUUUUGAAAUUUUCAGGUAUCUUUGUCUAAAAUAAGGUAAAAUGUGCAGUUUAGUGAGUGUUUGCAGGUGCGCCAAUAAUAAGUAGGACCGAGAGAGUUGUUUUCAGGAGUUUUGAUGUUAUUUUAGAUGUAAAAUUUUCGAAAAGUUACUAAUUUUUCCAAAUUCAGCCUCAAUGUCACAAAAUUGCACUGCCAAUCUCAGUAA